GCUCAAAAUAUUAUGACUUUCAAAAUGAAUACGAUCGAAUUUCCAGGAUAUUCAGAUUUCGAAUGGGCUGUUCAACUGAAUCGUUUUAGUUUGAAACUUAUUGGUCUCUGGCCAGAAGAAAAUGUCAGUUCAUAUGAAAAAAUGAGUUCCAAUUUACGACUGCUUUGUGUUAUCAUUACCAUCUCAUGUGUGUGUACUACACCUUCUGUGCACUUAUUAUUAAAAGUUUGGGGCGAUAUAACAGCAAUGAUCGACAAUAUCCUAUUCACUUUACCAUUACUAACAGUCUCUUUGAAAUUGUUAAUUAUGUGGUGGAAGAAGGAAACUUUUGGAUAUACUCUCAGACACAUAACAAACAUUACCGAUACGGACAGGCCACUACCGUUACAGGCAUAUUACAUGUAUGAUACAUCUGUUAGCCCACAGUUUGAAUUUACAUUUUUUAUUCAAUGUAUCAGUCUAUUGAUGGUUGCACUGUCUUAUACGGCUAUCGAUAAUUUUCUUGGAUUGCUCAUCUUUCACAUCUGUGGCCAAUUGGAAAAUUUAACGAAACGCUUGUGCCGAAUGCACGAAUCCAAGGACUUCAUUAUGGCUUUAAGAAUCAACAUCAAUGAUCAUACACGGCUUAUCAG